AUGGGAUAAGCAUGUACAAGUGCUGAUAUUGCUGCCUUUACAGAAGAUUUCAGACCUCCAUAUCCAUAUAGGAAUGAAGCAUUAAAAUUUAGUGAAAUGGAAGUGUAUGAACAUACAGGGGAUCCUUAAUUUAAAUUAGUUAGAGCUAAACUCUAUGAUAGUUAUUUCAGAAUUCGAGACUAACUAGAAUAUUUAGUUAAACGUGAAUAAGAUCCAUUCAAUAUUGUGAUUCAUAAAUAUGAUAGCGAUUUCAUAUCUAUUAAUAUGUUCUUUGAUUUUCCAAUUAGAUUAGAAGAUUUCGUUUCAACAAAAUUAACAGUUCCUGAAGUUUGGUCUAUGUUAGGAUAUGUAUCAGCAGCCUUAGCCAAAUUAUAAUAAUAGAAGCAACACUAUAAUAAUAUAAAUCCAAAGGGAAUCUUUAGAGUUUAUACAAUUGAAUAAUAGUAUGUAUAUAAAUUAGCAGAUCCUUUUCUAUUUCAUAAUUAAAUAAUGAAGAACUUUUAUAGUCCAAUAAUGUAUUAUAAGACUCAUCCAGAACAUGAUUUAUUCAAAUCAGAUACAUUUUCAUUAGGAUUAGUUUGUGUAUAUUCUUUGGGAUUCAAGAAAACUGAAAUUCUUUAUAAAUAAGAUGGAUUUGAUUUUGAAUUAUUGGAUGAUAUAAUUACUAGAUUCAAAUUACCUUUAUAUUUUGAUAGAUUACUUCGAUCAAUGUUAGAAAUAGAUGAAUAUGGUAGACCAGAUCCAAUUUAAUUAUCAAUAUCUGUUAGUAAUUAUACUAAGGCAUAUAAAUUACCUGAAUUAAAGACAGUGAUGGUAGUAUACAAUAAAUAGAUUUUAAAAACAGCAUAAUCUCCUGAUGCUACAGAAUCCAUUAUAGAUAUUAGAACUCCUGAAAAUAAAGUAUUAGAAUUACCAAAAGCUCCAAAAGUAGAAAUAUUGUAAGGACAUUUGCCAUAUACAAAUGGUUGUUAUUAUGUUGGUUCAUAUAAUGGAAAAACAAAAAAACGAGAAGGUAAAGGAAUCUUCUUUUCUAAGGAUGGAAAUAAAUUGAUCUAAGGAACUUUUUUAAAUGAUCUUCCUGAAGGAAAUGAAAUAGAAAUGUGGAGAGAAGAUGCUUAAGAUGAUACUACUCAUGUAGAUUUAUCUAAUUGGGAAUAUUUUAAGGGAGAAGUUGUUAAAGGGAUGAAAUAAGGAAAGGGAGAAUUGAGAUUCUUAAAUUAAAAUUACUUUAUUGGAACAUUUAUUGAUGAUGCAGUUUGUGGAUCUGGAAUUUAUUAUUAUUAAAGUCAUAGUGUUGAAGGCAUAUGGAUGAAUGAUAAAUUCAUAGCAGAACAUUGA